UCGUGUGAACUUCUGACCGGAUGUGGCUUUUUGUUCGUCCGAGAAACUCAGCUGAGGUUUCAAAGCAGCAGCGGGACGCAGAGCGGAUCUGUGGUGAAUAAAACACUGAACAUGUGGAGCUCAACAAUGCGCUGCACCUGAGAAGAUACUGAGCUCUGACAGGACGUCCGUGUCGCCGGCUGACAGACUUCCUUCUUCAGUUUGUCACGUCGUCACUUCCUGUCAGCAGGAGAGAAGAAGAAGAAGAAUUUCAGUCUGUAUUUUAUAUUUAAUUCAUGACGACAGACUGUGCCUCAGGUUCAGGUAGAUAGGUGCGUUUGUUUCGUGAACCUCAACAGGAGACGGGCUGACACAGAGGUGAUCGUCGAGGUUCUCCUGGCGGCCAUGUUGGGGCCUCAGCUGCUGCCCGUCACCUCCACCGCCACGCCUCCAUCUUGAAUCAGUGUUUUGUGAAGUGACCAAAGCAAAGUUCCUGAAGUUAGUUUUCUAUAAAACGAGUCGGUGUUUCUUCAUCGUCGACCGAUCAGCCAAUCAUGGCGGAGUCUUGCUCGCAACCAGCCGCAGCAGCUGACCUGCUGAUUGAGCAGAACAAAGAUGACCCGUCUGGUCCUGCAGGAAGUGUCUCCAAAGAACUGAUCGUAACCACGACAACGGAAGGGCCGGGCCCCAUGCCGGGGUCGGACGUCAGAGCCGAGGGCCCGAGCACCAACGGCGCCGCCGACAGUCCUCUUACUGCCAAAGUCUUUGAGGAGGAAGCCACGCCCACGCCGCCGGACACGUCGUCGCUGUCAUCUGAAAACGACACGGUGACCGCCGUCACCACAGAAGAAGAAUCUCUGUCUAUUCUGCUGAGACACAUCAAGACAGAAGGAGGGCAGGACAGAGGAGGAGAGCCAGUCACAGGUCUCUGGUCUCUGAUGUGGUGUGCAGGUCUAGAUCUGGACCUGGACGAGAGCUCCUCUGUGGCGACGGCGGGCGGCUCAGACGACCAGCGCGAGUCCUCAGACUCCGCCUCCUUCUCCAUCCCCAGCCUGGAACUGUCAGACGGGAACACGGCCGCAGGAAACUCCCUGGACGUGGACGACGGCCUGUCCUCGUCCUACUCGGCUCUCGGCGUGGAGGGCGGCUCUCCGUCCACAGAGGUCCCGAGUCUGAAGGACGAGAUGCUGGAGGCCGCCGGAGGCGCUGUAGCUGCUGCUGCUCCUCCUGCUGCUCCUCCUGCUGCUGCUGCUGCUCCAGAGGCCGGCCCGUCCAUGCCCGCAUACUACCUGGUGAAGUGGAUCACCUGGAAGGAGAAGAAGACACCCAUCAUCACUCAGAGUGAAAACGGACCCUGCCCCCUGCUGGCCAUCAUGAAUACACUGUUCCUGCGCUGGAAGGUGAGAGCAGGUGACGGACAGGUGGAGGUGGGACAGGUGGAGGUGAGAGCAGGUGACAGACAGGUGGAGGUGAGAGCAGGUGACAGACAGGUGGAGGUGAGAGCAGGUGACGGACAGGUGGAGAUGAGGCACUGUCAGACGAACACACCUGAACGUCUUCACUUUGUAUUUCAGGCGAAGCUUCCUGCUCAGACUGAAGUCAUCACCACUGAGGACCUGAUGGCUCACCUGGGUGAGUGUGUGUUGUCUGUCACACCCAGAGAGAAGGCUGAUGGGAUGGAGCUCAACUUCCAACAGAACAUGAGUGAUGCGAUGGCGGUGCUGCCGAAGCUCUCCACAGGUCUGGAUGUUAACGUGCGUUUCACUGGCGUGACAGACUUUGAAUACACACCUGAGUGUAUCGUGUUCGACCUGCUCGACAUCCCGCUGUACCACGGCUGGCUGGUCGACCCGCAGAGUCCAGAGAUGGUGGCGUCUGUGGGGAAGCUGAGCUACAACCAGCUGGUGGAGAAGAUCAUCGACUACAAACACUCAGCCGACAGCAGCCGAGUCAGUGAAGGUCUGGUGGCUGAACAGUUCCUGGAGUCGACGGCGACUCAGCUGUCGUAUCACGGUCUGUGUGAACUGAACACGACGGCCAAAGAGGGCGAGAUCUCCGUGUUCUUCAGAAACAACCACUUCAGUACCAUGAUCAAACACAAGGGUCACCUGUACCUGCUGGUGACGGAUCAGGGCUUCCUGCAGGAGGAGGGUCUGGUCUGGGAGUCUCUUCAUAACGUCGAGGGCGACGGAAACUUCUGCGACUCGGACUUCAGACUGUGUCAUCCUCCUCAGAGAGCUCCGCCCACCGCCGCGCUGCCGCCGAGCGCCCAGGAGCAGCAGAGGCAGAUCGACCAGGACUACCUGGUGGCGGUGUCCCUGCAGCAGCAGCAGGGCGGGGCCCCGGGGCCCCUCAGCGACCUGGAGUUGGCCCGGCAGCUCCAGCAGGAGGAGUACCAGCAGCAGCAGCAGCUCCAGCAGCAGCAGCAGCCGCAGGGAUCGGUGCAGGCAGCUCAGCAGGUCAGAGGUCAGGGGUCACAACAGGGCGGAGCCAGGAGAAGAGACAAGGACUCAGACUGUGUCAUCCUAUAGACUCUUCAUCAUCAUCAUCAUCACCACCACCACACACACACACACACACACACACACACACACACACACACACAGCUCGAUGCCAAACCCCAGUGCUUUUUGGAAAGUUUGUAUAUUUGUAAGAACUUCCUGUUGAUCUGAUCAAACAGGAAACACUGAGUGUUUACAGCUGAUCAGCUUCAUUGAUGAUCAGUCAGUUAGUUACCAAUGCUGAAUUGAUCAGCUGUGAAACAUUAAUGAUUUUGACAUUUGGGUUGCAGGUUGGUAACGGAUCUAUGAAGACACGGGAAGUGAUUGAUCAUCACUAAAGCGAUCAGCUGCUGACUCAGUGAAACUGGUUCAUCUGAUGUAACGUUGUUAAUGUGUGUUGGGACCAGUUUCACCUGCAGAGUCUCGUCACUGGUUCAGGAUCAUUGAUCUGGUAUCAGCCUGUGACCGACUCUGGUGACAUUGAUCCUUUCCAAUAAUCAGCUGAUGGCUAAACUGUAAACCAGGCGGGAGCUUCAGUCCCAACAUCCAGAAGUGAGUCAAUUCAAAAAUCCCUUUAGAUUUCUACUGAUUUUAGUUUCUCAGCAGAAGUUGAGUUCUGUGACGAGGAUUCAGUUAUAAACGAUGAUGUAAUCGAUGAUGUAAUGACAUUUUCGUCUGUCAUCACGUCUUUUCACUGCAGCUGAACCAGAACCAGAACUUCUUUGUUUCAAAGCUGCAAAAAACAUACUUAUUUCUGAAAAAGUCAAAUUAUUCUGAUUUAUUUUUAUUUCAUAAUUUUGUAAACAUUAUUUUAGCAACACAAGUGUUUCCUCAAAGCUUAACUAUGCAGGAAGAACAAACUUAAAGUCAUCACUUUGUUUAAUUAGUCUCUUUAUCGAUAACGAGUUCUGACUUUUCAUGUUUAAUUCAUCUGUAAGUUUAAACUGAGUUUUUAUAACCAGCGCCUGAAAUUAAAACUUAAAGAGUGAAAGGACAUUGAUGAUGUCAUCAAACCUCACAGCUCCACUUCUCUGAUUCUGUUGAGGGAACGAACUGUCAGAACCUUCUGGAUGGACUCCAGAACCUGGUGGACUGAAGCCCGUCUGGACUGAUCCGCGUUGUAACUCUGCUGAUGUUGAAUAAAGUGUUGAAGGUUCGUCCAGGAGGACUAAUGAGGACCAGGACCUCAGAGUCCUGCUCUGAAGCCAUGUUAACGUCUUAAACUGAGUAAUAAACGUCUGCUGAUCAGACGAACACACUCACAAACUUUCCCAUCAUGCCUCUGUGAGUGUUGGGGGCGUGUACUUCCUGUUGUCAUCCGAUGUUUUUAAGGUUUUUGUCAGGUGUGUGUCGACAGCUUCGGUGUCGGACUCCGCCUUGCUCUCCAAGCUUUGUAUUUAAUUUGUCAUGAUGUCAAAUUAUCAGUAAAAACUAAACCCCGCCCUGCU